UUUUUGGCGUUUUCUGCGCGUGUCUUUCUAUUUUCUCGUCUUUACAUGCCCCAACCCUCCCCUUCGAUCGACUGGCCCACACGAGGAAUGUUUUCGAGGACCCUGACGCGGACACUGGUCGCUUCUCCGCGGGACGAGGAUCGCUUCUUCGCGGGACGAGGAUUGCUUCUCCGCGGGACGAGGAUCGCCUCUUCGCGGGACGAGGAUCGCUUCUCCGCGAGACGAGGGUCACUUCUCCGCGGGACGAGGAUCGCUUCUCCGCGAGACGAGGGUCGCUUCUCCGUGGGACCAUGGUCGUUAUCUUCGUGGGACGAGGGUCGUUUUGGCGCGGGGCGGGGUGCGGCGGGGGGAGAGACCACUCCCAAGCGCACCGUUUGGCAGCAGCGGAGGUUGAGGUCCUGUCGGCCUUUUUCUGGACUAGCCAGUUUUUUUGUAGCCCGACAAGCCCGCUCCAACGGCUCGCCGAAAUGCACCCUGCCCUGCAUUCAAUAAAUAACAAAUCAUAAACGGCACAGCGGACUCCGACUUCCGACGAACCCCAUUUACACGAACGCACGCCCAUUUUUACUCGGCACGAUUUCGCCUUACGAACCUCGUUUCAACAUUUCUUUUCGAUUUCGAAGGCUUUCUAUGUUAAGCCUUCUAGGGGGGGAGCUCUGUAGCGCCCAAAAAGAUAACUUAUCUUUCGUGUACAAUUUACUUGUUGAUCGAUUGUACAUUACUCCUUCUUGUUUUAAUCUUACAACCGGCUCGACACACAACUGCCUUGUAAGUCCCCGCGCUCACGUGUACGCUCUUGCCUCGCUUCAUCCGUCCGUUUCUUGUUCUAG